AUGUGGAUCGUCCCCCACCCCUACCACACCCUCACUCAUUCCGAUAUUGAGACUCUUGACAUCAACUCUGAUGAUCUCAUUGAACGUCCCUCUGCAUCACGUGAUCUCGCUCAGUUCAUCUGUAAGAUGAUUCAUCUGAAGGACCUGACACUCCGCGGUCAGUGUCACGAUGACUUCUACUCAACAUCGUCAUCAAUGGCAUCUUCUGCAAAGAUUGAGACUCUUUACAUCGACUCUGAUGAUCUCAGUGAACGUCCCUCUGCAUCACGUGAUCUUGCUCAGUUCAUCUGUAAGAUGACUCAUCUAAAGGACCUUAUACUUAUUGAGACUCUUGAGAUCAACCCUGCUGAUCUCAAUGAACGUCCCUCUGCAUCACGUGAUCUCGCUCAGUUCAUAUGUAAGAUGACUCAUCUGAAGGACCUGACACUCUGCGGUCAGUGUCACGAUGACUUCUACUCAACAGCGUCAUCGAUGGUAUCAUCUGCAAAGAUUGAGACUCUUUACAUCAACUCUGAUGAUCUCAUUAAACAACCAUCUGCAUCACGUGAUCUCGCUCAGUUCAUCUGUAAGAUGACUCAUCUGAAGGACCUGACACUCGACGGUCAGUAUCACGAUGACUUCUACUCAACAUCGUCAUCGAUGGCAUCAUCUGUAAAGAUUGAGACUCUUUGGAUUUACUCUAAAGAUCUCAAUAAACGUCCCUCUUCAUCGCGUGAUCUGGCUCAGUUCAUCUGUAAGAUGACUCAUCUGAAGGACCUGACACUCGGCGCUCAGUAUCACGAUGACUUCUACUCAACAUCGUUAUCGAUGGCAUCAUCUGUAAAGAUUGAGACUCUUUGGAUCUACUCUGCUGAUCUAUGGAAACGUCCCUCUUCAUCACGUGAUCUUGCUCAGUUCAUCUGUAAGAUGACUCAUCUGAAGGACCUGAUACUCGGCGGUCAGUAUCACGAUGACUUCUACUCAACAUCGUCAUCGAUGGCAUUAUCCGCAAAGAUUGAGACUCUUGAGCUCAACUAUUUGAGUCUCAAUGAACGUCCCUCUGCAUCACGUGAUCUCGCUCAGUUCGUCUGUAAGAUGACUCAUCUGGAGAAGCUGUCACUCGGCAGUCAGUUUCACGAUGACUUCUACUCAACAUCGUCAUCGAUGGCAUCAUCUGCAAAGAGUUGUACCACGAGCCCCAACCUGACUGAGCUGACAGUGGAUACUAGCACACUAGAAGUAUGGCAGGAUUGUGGUUCGAUGUUUGAUAGUGUGAAAAGGGUCACUAUAGAGGCAGAAAGAACGAUCAACUGUGACGUCAUCCAGAGGAUCCAUCUACCAGGAGCAACAGAACUCACCAUUCAAACACAUGAGUAUGGUCGUCGACCGGCUGGUUUCCACGAGGAGCCCACUUCAAUACCCAAUGCCCUUCUGAAUAUCUCCCCUCAGCUUGUCAAGGUGACAUUCAGGGAUCUUGGCAUUGGCAACAGUAAGAUGGAACUGAUUUUACAAGCUUUCAGUUCACCACACAACCUCAAACAUCUGAAGAUUAUCAGAUUCAUACGAUGCGGGUCAGAUGAGGCCGUGGAUGAUGUCAUAAUUGCUUGCAAUAAAGAUCAGGUCAUGGAGGUGAAGGUGGAGCAUGGAAAACCGCGUCGGUAA